AACGGAAACGUUUCUGUCUGUAUAGGACAGAAAAGUGUCUCCAUCGGCGGAAAGAUUUACUCUCCAACCAAGGGAGUAAAGCUCUUGCUUUGUUACUGCGGAAAGCCUCCUCACCGUUGCAAUAUCACCAUCUCACGUCUCGGUGCCAAUGGACGCCUUAGAUGAAAGGAAGGAGGAAGAAGAAGAGCAGGUGAUGAGCGAAAUCCACCUCGGUUGUCCACCUGGCUCCUCUGCACCCCAUAUUUCCCACUUCACUAUCUCCAUGCCACCUGAUGUUGAUUAUAGCAGAUGUAAGAAUUUCUUUAAAGAGGAACAAGUAACUGUGCACCAAGGGGUUUGUGUGGACGAAGAUGGUGAUCUUGUUCUAACUAGACGCAACUAUUUUUCAACUCUCAGUCUUACUGUAACCAUCCAGCAUAAUCUCACAUCAUCAAUUCCAAAUGUGGGGUUACAGGUUUGGAAGGCAGAACUGGUAUUAUCUGACUUUGUGUUGCAUAUGAUGUUUACUUCAUCUGAAUUUGAUGGGAUUUGUUCACUAGAACUUGGUGCUGGAACUGGGCUUGUGGGUAUGUUGCUUGCACAUGUUGCUAAAACAGUGUUCCUAACAGACCGUGGUGAUGAAAUCCUGGACAACUGUGCAAGGAAUCUUCACCUCAAUUCUGAAUUGUUAAACUAUCGAGGUGUAAUUCAUGUACGUGAACUUGAUUGGAUGAAUUCCUGGCCACCUGCCUUAUCUCUUGGAAGUUCUCCUGAUCAUAGAAGGUAUUCUUGGACCUCAGCCGAAGUUGAAGAAGCUCAGGCAGCUUCUUUGCUUGUUGCUGCAGAUGUAAUAUAUAGUGAUGAUUUGACAGAUGCUCUUUUCAGUAUUCUAGAGAGACUGAUGUCGCGGGGUUCAGAAAAGGUUUUAUACUUGGCAUUGGAAAAGCGAUACAAUUUCAGUCUUGAUGAUCUAGAUGUUGUUGCAAACGGUUAUUCGCAUUUCCUGAGUUAUAUUAGAGAGAAAGAAUGUGGAUCCUACCCUUGUUUUGUGGGCAAGCGCAUUGACCUUUCAUUAAUUCCACAAUAUAUGAGAGAGUAUGACAGAGGAAAUGACGUUGAGCUUUGGCAGAUCAAGUUUGUUGGAAGAAAACCUAAAUUGGGAGGUUCUUGCGAACAAAAUUUCAUUUUCAAUUCCAAUACGUCUUGUGACUAAAUCCAAUUCAUGCUUAAUUUAUUUUAUCUAUAU